AUGUCAAAGUGGGACAAAGUGUUCAGUACCAACUUAACCGGACCAUGGCUAGUCUCCAAACACGUCUGCGUUUUUAUGCGCGACGCUAAACGCGGUGGCUCGGUGAUAAACAUCUCAUCAAUCUCCGGGCUCUGCCGCUGUUUAGUGCCAGGUUUAAUCGCUUAUGCUUGUUCCAAAGGCGGCGUAGAUACCAUGACGAGGAUGAUGGCUAUUGAGUUAGGUGUUUACAAUAUAAGAGUGAACACGAUCGCACCGGGGCUUUUCAAGUCGGAGAUCACACAAGAUCUUAUGCAGAAAGAGUGGCUCAAGAAGGCCAUCGAGCGGAUUGUCCCAUUAAAGAUUCAGCAGACCGUUGAUCCAGGGCUUACCUCUCUCGUACGCUACCUCAUUCACGAAUCUUCUCAAUAUGUCUCCGGCAAUACAUACAUUGUUGAUUCCGGAAGUACAUUGCCCGGUGUGCCUAUCUUUUCUUCUCUUUGA